AUGUCGGCGCAGCUUCUCCCUGGUGCUAUUCCUUAUCCAGGCAAGAUCAAGAUGGGCAGCAAUAUCCCUUUCGACUCAGCAGCACUUCCACACGUUUCCCUGGCCCCGCCACUUGCAAUCCCCAAACCUGAUCAGCAUUAUUGCUUGGAUCCAAGAAACUUUACCGAUGAAGAGGAUAGCAAGCAAUCAAUCAGUGCCUUGCGACCGUUCGCGAAACCAAGUACUGCCGGAUGCUGGCCGUACUUCACUGUCGAAUGUAAAUCCGAAGCUCGAGGUGGAACAUUCUGGGUCGCUGAAAAUCAGAAUGCGGGAGGCGGUGCGUUGUGUGUCAACUCGAUGCAAGAAUUACUGUCCAUUGCCCAGGCCAGUCCCACUGAAGUUGACUCAAUCUCCUUUUCUUGCAAUAUAAGUGCUAGAAACGCUGAGAUCUGGAUCCAUUAUUGCCGAAACCAACGAUUUUUCAGCGCCGAACUCGAGCACUUCCACAUGGGACGGUCGAGAGAUGUUAUCUAUUUCCGAAAUAGUAUCAAGAACAUCGUCGAGUUCGGGUUCAAGGACCGUCUUCCACAGAUUCAAGCUCUCCUGGCCAAGGUCUCUCUACCAGACCUUGAAUUUGCGGACCAGAAUCGACGGAUAAGAAAGGCAAUCGUACAUGACUUCGUUCAGAGCAAAGCCCUCACACAAGAAAAACCUUGCUGA